CUCUCUGAUUGGCUGCCCGUCUGACAGCUCUUUUGUUCAUCUCCGCUCUCCACCCAGCUCCUGUGCACCCACAAAAAGUAACGGCCAAUAGCUCAUGUAAAUCUGCCUGCCUUGGCAUAAUUGAGCUUCACACUAUUCAGUCUGAUACAAUUUUUUGGGAAAAAAGAGUGUGUCUGUAGGUGCAAGAUGUACAGCUUUAUGGGAGGUGGAUUGUUUUGUGCAGGAGUGGGAAAUAUACUCCUGGUGAUCUCCACUGCCACCGAUUACUGGAUACAGUACCGCCAGUCCAGCAGUUACAUGCAUCAGGGCCUGUGGCGCUACUGUGUACCUGGAAAAUGCAUGACAUACACAGACAGCAUCGCAUAUUGGGAUGCCACCCGGGCCUUCAUGAUCCUGGCAGUCUUGGCUUGUUUCUUUGGCAUCAUCAUCGGUGUCAUGGCUUUCAUCAAUUACUCCUCCUUUAACGGUUUUGACAAAACCUUUGCUGCAGGAAUUCUCUAUUUCAUUUCAUGCUUCUUUGUGCUGCUGGCUAUGGCUGUCUACACUGGGAUGACAGUCAACUACUAUGGAAAACGUUAUGGGAACUGGCGGUUCUCGUGGUCGUACAUAAUGGGUUGGGUUUCUGUGGUGCUCACUUUCUUUUCAGGGAUCUUCUAUAUGUGUGCUUACCGGAUGUAUGAACCAAGAGGCUCCAUGUCACGCUGAUGCUUCUCAUCUUAGAUCUGCAAUUUGAUCCAUUCAGUCUGAAUGUGAACCAUCAUGUCAUCCCUGAUCCCUUUAUUUUUGACCUCAGUUAUCGUUAAUUUUAAAAUCACACAACACAAACUAA